GCGCUAUUGUCAACUGUCAAUUAAUUGUCAAAAUAGAGAUUUUGCGGCGCUUGAAUUCUAUCCUGUAACCUUGUCUGUAAGCUGAAAAUUAUAAUUAAACAAUUGAAAUGACUUCUAAAGAAUCAAUGGAAAUGGAAGUUGACAGUUCGGCUCCUGCAGAGGUUGUGAAAAAUCCAGCAGAAGGAUCUGAAAAGGGUGUAAUGGCAGGAGGAGCAGUUGGAUCAGUAACCUGUUCGCUGCAUCCACUAGUUAUAAUGAAUGUAUCUGAACACUGGACGCGAGAAAAAGCUCAAGAAGGAUCCGUCAAACAAGUAAUUGGAGCUUUAAUUGGCAAGCAGAAGGGUCGUAACAUUGAGAUCAUGAAUUCGUUCGAGCUGGUUUUCAGUGUCAUAGGGGGUGACGUUAUUAUAGAUAGGGAUUAUUACACCAUGAAGGAGGAACAAUUUAAACAAGUAUUUAGUGACAUGGAUUUUAUUGGUUGGUACACUACUGGUGAUAUCCCAAGUGGUACUGAUAUCAAGAUUCAUAAACAAAUUUGCGACAUUAAUGAAUCUCCAAUUUUACUCAAACUAAAUCCAUAUGACAAAAAUAUUGAUCAUUUGCCAGUGGCGCUGUAUGAAUCAGUCAUAGAUUUAGUUGGGGGUGAAGCAACAAUGUUGUUUGUGAAUUUAGCAUACACUCUAGCAACAGAAGAAGCAGAAAGAAUUGGAGUUGAUCAUGUUGCUAGAAUGUCCUCCACAGAUUCCGGAGAAAGCUCUCUAGUUGCAGAACAUUUAACAGCUCAACAUAGUGCUAUAAAAAUGCUACAUUCAAGAGUUAGACUUGUUCUUGAGUACAUGAAGGCAGUUCAGAGUGGUCAGUUGCCCACAAAUCACGAAAUUUUAAGAGAGGCAUAUUCAUUAUGUCACCGCUUACCUGUUAUACAGAGUGCCAGGUUUCGACAAGAUUUUUAUAACCAAUGUAAUGAUGUGGGUUUAAUGACAUACUUAGGUACCUUAACAAAAGGCUGUAAUGAUCUCAAUCAGUUUGUAAAUAAAUUUAAUAUUUUGUAUGAUCGUCAGGGAUUGGGGAGGAGAAUGAGAGGCAUUUUCUUCUAAAAGAACAAGUACUUGAUGUUGAUGUGUUCUGUAUUUAAAGUUUCUAUUAAACAAUCCUUCAUUAUUAUAAA